AUGGCUGCAAUUAAAACACUUGUCUUGAUUACUGGCGGAAACGGAGGUAUUGGCUUCGAGUUAGCAGUGCAACUGCUGUCCGAUGCAUCCAAGUACGUUCUCCUCGGAAGCCGUUCUUUAGCAAAGGGACAGGCCGCCGUCAAAGAUUUGCAGUCACGAAAGCUGCCGGGCACCGUCGAGCUCAUACAAGUCGACGUUUCGAGUGAGGACUCGGUGGUCACCGCCGCCAAAGAGGUCGAAAGUAGACAUGGCAGACUCGACGCUCUCGUUAACAACGCCGCUAUCGGUACGCCACCAGGGUCACUCGCGCAGCAACUAGACCAAAGCUUUAGGACCAACGCCACGGGCCCGGCAAUCAUGGUCGAAGCCUUCGCUCCACUGCUCAAGAAAUCAACCGGGACACCACGCAUCGUUAAUGUAACGUCCGGGGCCGGCUCAAUCGCAACACGCCUUGACUCUACAUCCCCGUUCUACGAUAUGGGGUUGGUGCGGUACCGUGCAAGCAAGGCUGCCUUGAAUAUGAUUACGGCGUGCCAGUCGGUCGAUUAUGGCCCACUAGGAUGGAAGGUGUUUGCCUUUUGUCCAGGGUUCACCGUUUCGAAUCUUUCUGAGCAAAACACUGCGGCGAACGGCGCGAAGCCGACGAGCGAGGGUGCGGCUCCGAUUGUGGAUAUCUUGAAUGGGAAGAGGGAUGGUGAGCAUGGUGGAUAUUUACACGUUGAUGGCCAGCACCCUUGGUAA